GCAUUUCAGCCUGGAGGCUCCAGAGCUACAGUACUUAAGUGCACAGUUUCUUAAGUUGCUUCUUGGAAGGCUCAGUUUAAGUGCUGCAAACAAUGCUUCGAGUAAUUGUGGAAUCUGCUGCAAAUAUACCUAAACAUAAGUUUGGGAAACCAGAUCCUAUUGUGUCAAUUAUUUUUAAAGAUGAAAAAAAGAAAACAAAGAAAAUUGAUAGUGAACUCAACCCUGUUUGGAAUGAGAUACUGGAAUUUGAUUUGAGAGGAAUACCUCUGGAUAUUUCAUCAUCGCUUCUUAUUGUUGUGAAAGACUUUGAAACUAUAGGGCAAAACAAGUUAAUUGGCACAGCAUCAAUAGCACUCAAGGAACUAGUAGGCACUCAGAGUAGAUCGCUUCCAUACAAGCUUGUUCCCUUGCUAAAUGAAAAAGGACUCGAAACUGGAGCAACCAUUGAUUUGGUGGUAGGAUAUGAGCCACCAGCUGGACCUCCAAAUCCAAAUGACCCAGGGGGAACUAAUACUCAAGGCACUGAAGGUGGAGAAGAAAAUGAGGGUGAUGAAUAUGCACCUGAUGGUGAAACUGGUGUUCUCCCACAAGUUGGUGCAAGUGGCAUCCAUGAAGCACAGCUUGCUCGACGUAUUACCAAAGGAAAGAAAAAUCGGAAAAUAGUUUCUAACAAACCUCAAGACUUCCAGAUUCGUGUUAGGGUCAUUGAAGGCCGUCAGUUGUGUGGGAAUAACAUAAAGCCUGUUGUAAAAGUAUAUGUUUGUGGCCAGACACACAGAACAAGAAUCAAAAGAGGGAACAAUCCGUAUUUUGAUGAGAUGUUUUUCUACAAUGUCCACAUGACCCCUUCUGAGCUCUUUGAUGAAACAAUAAGCAUUCGGUUAUAUGACUCUUACUCAUUACGUGCUGACAGUCUAUUGGGGGAAUUUAAGAUUGACAUUGGAUAUGUCUAUGAUGAGCCAGGACAUACAGUCAUGAGAAAAUGGCUGCUUCUAAAUGACCCCGAAGAUGCAAAUUCUGGUGCCAAAGGGUACUUGAAAGUCAGUAUGUUUGUUCUCGGAACUGGAGAUGAGCAACCAGUGGAAAAUAGAGAACGGGAUAAUGAAAAUGAUGAUGUAGAGAGUAAUCUUUUGCUACCGGCUGGGAUAGUACUCCGAUGGGUCACUUUUAUUCUCAAGAUCUACAGAGCUGAAGAUAUUCCUCAGAUGGAUGAUGCUUUUGCACAGCAUGUAAAAGAAAUAUUUGGAGCAGAAGCAGACAAGAAAAAUCUUGUAGAUCCAUUUGUUGAAGUUUGUUUCGCUGGGAAAAAGGUGUGCACAAAUAUAAUUGAAAAAAAUGCAAACCCAGAGUGGAAUCAGCUUGUUAAUCUUCAGAUCAAGUUCCCUUCAAUGUGUGAAAAAAUAAGACUAAUGGUGUAUGAUUGGGAUCGUCUUACAAGGAAUGAUGUUGUGGGUACCACAUAUUUAAACCUCUCCAGAAUUGCUGCCUCUGGUGGAGAAGUUGAAGAGCUUUCAUCUUCGGGAGCUGGGGCUUCAUCAUAUGAAGUAAAUACCGGAGAAAUGGAAGUGGGUUUCUUACCAACAUUUGGGCCUUGUUACCUGAACCUUUAUGGAAGUCCAAGAGAAUAUACUGGAUUCCCAGAUCCAUAUGAUGAGUUAAAUUAUGGGAAGGGAGAAGGAGUAGCUUAUAGAGGCAGAAUCCUAGUUGAACUAUCUACGCUACUGGAUAGUAAACCCCUCAAUAAAAAAAUUGAAAUGAUACCCAGUGAUGAUCUACUAGUUGUAGAAAAAUAUCAGCGCAGAAGAAAAUACAGCCUCAGUGCAGUGUUUCAUUCUGCCACCAUGCUGCAAGAUAUUGGUGAGGCCAUCCAGUUUGAAGUUAGCAUUGGGAAUUAUGGCAAUAAAUUUGAUACCACCUGUAAGCCAUUGGCAUCAACUACUCAGUACAGCCGUGCUGUGUUUGAUGGAAACUACUAUUACUACCUGCCGUGGGCAAACACAAAGCCAGUAGUGACACUGACUUCGUAUUGGGAAGAUAUCCAUCAUAGACUAGACCCUUUGAAUCUUAUUCUUGGCAUCACAGAAAAAUUAAAAACAAAUUUAGCAGCCUUAAAAUCAGGAAUACAGGAGAAGAUAUCGGACAACCAGUUAGCUGAGAUAUGGUUGAAGCUAAUUGAUGAACUUUUGAAGGACUUGAGUAAGGAAUUCCCUUCCCUAGAAAACAAACAUAAUGUCACAGUCCUUGAUACACAGAUCCACAAACUGCGGCUCAAAUCAAUUGGCCAGAUUCAGAAGGCAGCAGUGAAACUGAGGAAUGAAGCCAUGGAUGUGCAGGGCUCCCUGGCUGAAAUUGAAGAAUGGCUGGAUAGAUUAACAUUACUGUCUGAAGAGCCUCAAAAUAGCAUGCCUGAUGUGAUUGUUUGGAUGAUACGAGGGGAGAAGAGGCUUGCUUAUGCACGCAUUCCAGCUCAUGAGAUUUUAUAUUCCACUACAUGUGAUGGAGGAUCUGGAAAACAUUGUGGAAAGACCCAGACCAUAUUUUUAAAGUACCCACAGGACAAAAACAAUGGCAUCAAAAUACCUGCACAGUUGCGAGUUAAUUUUUGGCUUGGCUUGAGUGCCUUUGAAAGGAAGUUCAAUAGCUUUGCUGAAGGAACGUUCAGUGUCUUUGCAGAAAUGUAUGAAAAUCAGGCACUUAUGUUUGGAAAGUGGGGAACUUCAGGACUUGUUGGCCGCCACAAGUUUUCUGAUGUCACAGGAAAAAUAAAACUGAAAAGAGAGUACUUUUUGCCUCCCAAAGGAUGGGAGUGGGAAGGCGAGUGGUUCGUUGAUCCUGAAAGGAGCUUGCUGACAGAAGCAGAUGCUGGUCAUUCUGAAUUUACUGAUGAGGUAUAUCAAAAUGAGAGCCGCUAUCCUGGAGGAGAAUGGAAAGCAGCUGAAGAGAGUUACACAGACCUAAAUGGAGAAAAAGCACCACCACCAAGUGAAAUAACCUGUCCUCCAGGUUGGAUGUGGGAUGAUGAUGCUUGGGUGUAUGAUAUCAAUCGAGCAGUGGAUGAAAAAGGUUGGGAAUAUGGAAUUACCAUUCCCCCAGACAAUAAACCAAAGACCUGGGUUGCAGCGGAGAAAAUGUAUCAUACCCACAGAAGAAGAAGGCUGGUUAGAAAACGCAGAAAAGAUCCAAACCAAACAACUACAUCAAGGGUUACCACAUCAUAUGAAGACCAAGAAGGAUGGGAAUUUGCAUCAUUGAUUGGAUGGAAAUUUCAUUGGAAGCAGCGCAGUUCUGAUACUUUCCGCCGCAGACGUUGGAGGAGAAAAAUGGCUCCUUCUGAUACACAUGGUGCAGCAGCCAUCUUUAAACUUGAAGGAGCUCUUGGGGCUGAUACAAGUAUUGAUGAUGGAGACAAGAGCUCUGAGAAGGCAAAAGAUACAGCAACACGUACAUUUGGUGCAAACACGCCAAUGGUCUCCUGUAACUUUGAUAGAGUCUAUAGUUACCAUCUUCGGUGUUAUAUCUAUCAAGCAAGAAAUCUUAUGGCUUUGGACAAAGACAGCUUUUCAGAUCCAUAUGCUCAUGUUUCAUUCCUCCAUCGAAGCAAAACAACUGAGACAAUCCACUCAACGCUAAACCCAACCUGGGAUCAAACUAUCAUAUUUGAUGAAAUUGAAAUCUAUGGAGACCCACAAAUGGUAGUGCAAAAUCCUCCUGAUGUAGUGGUUGAACUCUUUGACAGUGAUCAAGUGGGCAAAGAUGAGUUUCUUGGAAGAACCUCUUGCCCUCCUAUGGUGAAACUGAACCCAGAUACUGAUCUUACUCCUAAACUUCUCUGGUAUCCUGUUCUGAAUGGAGGCAAAACUUGUGGAGAUGUCCUUUUAGCAGCUGAGCUUAUACUACAUGAAAAGGGUGGCACCAACCUUCCAAUUCUUCCUUCACAAAAAGCCCCAAACCUUUAUAUGGUACCACAAGGAAUCAGACCUGUGGUUCAACAGACAGCUAUUGAGAUCCUUGCCUGGGGAUUGCGCAACAUGAAGAACUACCAAAUGGCUUCUGUUACUUCCCCUAGUCUCAUUAUAGAGUGUGGAGGUGAAAUGGUAGAGUCUGUAGUGAUCAAAAACCUGAAGAAGACACCAAAUUUUCCUGGAUCUGUUCUCUUCAUGAAAGUGCUACUGCCUAAGGAGGAAUUGUACAUGCCAUCCAUAGUUCUUAAAGUGAUAGACCAUAGGCAAUUUGGCCGAAAACCUAUCGUGGGACAGUGCACCAUUGAUUUACUGGAGCAUUUUCGUUGUGAUCCAUAUGCUACCAAAGAAGACAUUGCACCGCAGAUGAAAGUGAGUCUUCUAGCAGCUGCACCUCGGCGGGAUGUUGUAAUUGAUGUAGAAGACACACAACCCUUACUAACAGCACAGCUCACAGAAAAGGAAGAAGAAAUUGUGGAUUGGUGGAGCAAGUUUUAUGCUUCAAUAGGAGAGACUGAAAAAUGUGGACGAUACAUUCAAAAAGGAUAUGAUACACUAAAGGUAUAUACCUGUGAACUGGAGAAUGUUCCUGAUUUUAGGGGUUUAACAGAUUUCUGUGAUGCUUUCAAAUUGUAUCGGGGAAAAUCUGAAGAAAAUGAUGACCCUACUGUUGUAGGGGAAUUCAAGGGAUCCUUUAGGAUCUAUCCAUUACCAGAUGAUCCUACUAUACCUCCUCCUCCUCGGCAGUUCCGUGAGUUACCAGACAGUGGGCCUCAAGAGUGCAUUGUACGAAUUUAUAUUGUUCAAGGCUUAGAACUCCAACCUCAGGAUAACAAUGGAUUGUGUGAUCCAUAUAUUAAAAUCACCGUAGGCAGAAAAGUCAUUGAAGACAGAGAUCAUUAUAUUCCCAACACACUCAAUCCGAUUUUUGGAAGAAUGUAUGAACUGAGUUGCUUCUUACCUCAAGAGAAGGAUCUAAAAAUUUCAGUCUAUGACUACGAUAUGCUGAGUCGUGAUGAAAAGGUUGGUGAAACCAUCAUUGAUCUGGAAAACAGAUUCCUCUCCCGCUUUGGCUCUCACUGUGGAAUACCACAGCAAUACUGCAUUUCAGGAAUCAAUGCCUGGAGAGACCAGCUGAAGCCAACACAACUUUUGCAAAAUCUAGCCCGCGUUAAAGGCUAUCGUCCUCCAAUCCUCUCUGAAAAUGGGAAGCGGAUUAAUUUUGGAGGAAGAGACUACACCUUGGAUGAAUUUGAGGCCAACAAGAAAUUGCAUGAACACCUUGGGCCUGCCGAAGAACGACUUGCCCUUCACCUUCUCAGGACUCAGGGCUUGGUGCCUGAGCAUGUCGAGACAAGAACGUUGUACAGUACCUUCCAACCAAACAUCUCACAAGGAAAGCUGCAGAUGUGGGUUGAUGUUUUCCCCAAAAGCAUGGGUCCCCCUGGCCCACCUUUCAACAUCACUCCUCGCAAGGCCAAGAAAUACGAACUGCGUGUGGUGAUUUGGAACACAAAGGAUGUUAUUCUGGAUGAAAAAAGCAUCACAGGAGAGGACAUGAGUGACAUCUAUGUGAAAGGAUGGAUGCCUGGCUAUGAGGAAAAUAAGCAGAAGACAGAUGUACAUUACAGAUCCCUAGAUGGUGAUGGGAACUUCAACUGGAGAUUCAUUUUUCCUUUUGAGUAUUUUCCAGCUGAACAGCUCUGUACAGUUUCAAAGAAGGAACACUUCUGGAGUAUUGACAAUACUGAAUUCAGAAUUCCACCCAAGCUGCUUAUUCAGAUAUGGGACAAUGAUAAGUUUUCCUUGGACGAUUAUCUAGGUUUUGUUGAACUUGACUUACACAAUACAAUUAUGCCAGCCAAGGUUCCAGAAAAGUGCACUUUAGACAUGAUUCCAGAAUACAAGCAAACAAACUCUCUCAAGGCUUCUAAGAUUGCUUCACUCUUUGAACAGAAAUCUAUGAGGGGAUGGUGGCCGUGCUAUGUGGAAAAAGAUGGCUCCCGUGUUUUGGCUGGUAAAGUUGAGAUGACUCUGGAAGUCCUUGCUGAAAAGGACAUUGCAGAACGGCCAGCUGGUAAAGGAAGAGAUGAACCAAAUAUGAACCCCAAGUUGGAUAUGCCAAACCGGCCAGAAACAUCAUUCCUUUGGUUCACAAAUCCAUGCAAGUCGAUGAAAUAUAUUGUGUGGCGCAGAUUUAAGUGGGUCUUCAUUGCCGUUCUCAUCUUGCUGAUUGUGCUCUUAUUUGUAGCGAUUCUUCUGUAUUCAUUGCCGAACUACAUUUCGAUGAAGAUUGUGAAUCCAUUUUCAGCUCGUUAAGGAAGAUACUUUUAUCAUUGGGAUUGUGAUGAGGUUGUGCAGCCUUCACCUCCAGACCAAGUAUACACAUAUAAUGACCAAAUCAUCAGGCCACCCAUCGUGCCUGUAACUCUGCUCUUCCCUUGUGUUUUAAAGCAGAAGGAGAAUCAUUUCCAAGAAAUUAACUGUUAUCUAAGACAUAUUGGGUAACUUGGGUAGGAUCUAGAAUUAUGUAGGUAUACGCAACUACACUGUUGCAACUCUGCCCCUUUCUCCCCAUGGCAGCCACUCCAGUCCCCUAGAAAUGCUACAGAGAAAGCCAGGAGGGCUCUGCUUAAUGGGGUGAGCCGCAGUGUGGUGUGCAAGACAGGAGGCUGCAUCCCCUACAGUUAAGCAGAGGCACUUUCCAUUUGUGGAGCCUUUCCGUGCAUGGAAGGCAGCUCCUGAAUCUGACCUACUGUGUUCUACUUCUGAAUUUUGACUUUGAUAGUAUAAGCAUGAUAAGAAUGUCUGUCCUCUUAUUUCCAAAGAUAUUUUUUUCAGAUAUUAUUUCAGAUCUCCCAUUUCCCCUUUCCUUUGAAAAUGCACUCUUUAUGGCACAAUCUUGUUCAUGACUACUCAGAAGUAAGUCCUGUUAAGGUCAGUGGGAUUUACUCCUAGGUAAGUGUGUAUGAGAUUUCAGCCUUAAUAUUGUAUCAAUUUUAUUAUUAGUAGUAUGAGCACUUGGCCGUUCUGAGUCUUGAUUUUUGAAAGGGAAAAGUUGCUACUUAAUAUUCUGCCAAAUAAAACAGUGCAAUAAACUGCACACAGUGAUGUGAGCAUAGUGUUCAGAAAGUUUGCAAUAACAGCACUGAGCUUCACUUCAUACAUUUCAAAUGUAUGGCCAAAGCAAUAAAAUAAAAGAAACAAGUGUACAAUUUGUACACUUCAGCAUACAGGUGUAAUGGCAGUGAUGGCAAUAGCAAAGCCUACUCUUAUGGAGUUUUAGAUGCUCCAAAACCCAUUGAAAUCAGUGGAGGUAUUGUGGCUCUUAGCCAGAUAGGAUAAUCUUCAUUCCUGCAUUCCCCAGUAAUCAGUUCCCAUCAGCCUUAGCAGCUUUUCUCCCAUCCUCUACCCUGUUCUCUGCAUUGUUUCUCUAGAACAUUGAGAAUAAUCUAAGUUGUACCAUGCAAAAAAUAAAUCACUUUUCUUUGCUUGAACACUAGUCCUAUUUAAGUACUAUUUCUCCAGUCAGUAUACAUUCUUGGCAAGUGGCCUAAAAUGUGGAUUCCUGAGUGUCAGUGUUUAGAUUCAAACUUGCGAAUGCGACUGGGAGGCUGCAGUUCCCAGUACUGGCCACUCAAAGGCAGUCCAGUGUGAGUGCUGAAAUGUUAAACUCUCCAGUAUGACUGAGAUGCUGCAGUUCCCAGUACUGGCCACUGUAGGGCACCCUAACUUCAGCAAAAUAUCAGGACAGUGGCUAGCUAGGUGGCUGGACAGCUGGGUGGCCAGACACUAAUCAGGAGGCAGCACGUGGGUUAUGUGUUUGAUUUUGGACCUGCCACCUCAUUGAUACUCCUUUAAGAUAACAGACUGCACAAACGCUGUAUGUCACAUACUGUUUGGAUGUCUGCCCAAUCAGGGGCAGCAUUUGGGCCAUAUGGCUGAUUUCAAGCCCUUUCCUUCACUGAUACUCUGCCCACUUGGACUUGGAUAAAAGCCAGGCCAUUUCAGAUCAAACAAAUGACCCAAGUGCUGCCAGAUGGCCAAACAGGAUGUGACAUUGAGGUGCUGGUGCAAUCUAUCCUCGUAGAGUGGGAAAAUAUCCAUGAGGGGACAGGCCGAAAAUCACCCACAUGACCUGAAUGCCAUCUCCUGACUGAGUAAAUUUUCUUUUUUAGUGUCAGCAAUAAGGUUUUAACUAAUAGGAACAGGAGUUCCUAUUAGUUACCAGUACUGACCACUUGAGGGCAGCCCAGUGUUGGCGCUGACAUUUAUCUCUCAAAUGGGAGUAGAAAGCUGCAGCACAGUGUCAGUGCUGAGAUUUCGGCUCUCUAAUACGGCCUUUCCCACUUUGAUAGGAUUCAGAGACAUUUGGACCACAACUCCCAGAAUUCCCAUCCAGCGGGGGCAUUGACUGGAACUUCUGGGUGUUGCAGUCCAAAUGUGUCUGGAAGGCACAAUGUUGGGGAAGGCUGCUCUAAUAGGAUCGCAGGAGGCUACAGUUCUAAGUACUGGCCAGCAGAGGGCAGCCCAGCAUCAGUGCUGAGAUUUGACAUCCCAGUGGGAUAGGAGUCUGCAACUCCCAGUACUGGUCCCCAGAGGGCAGCCCGGUAUCGGCAGUGAGAAGUUAACUCUAAUAAGGUAAGGAGGCCGCAGUUGGGAGUACUGGCCAGCAGAGGGCCUCCAGUGUUAGCACCGACCUUUUAACUCUCAAGGGAUCAGGAGGCAGCAGUUCAAUUCAGUAGGCCAGCUGGCCCUGACAACUAUAGAAGUUUCCUGAACACAGCUCCAUGGAGGCCCAGAGCGAGCGAAUACACAGAGUACCUCUGCAGUUUUAUGGGAAGCAACCUGUCUUUCCCUGCUGCAGCUCCCCUUGCACAUGCUACUCCUGUAUGUACUGCUUCCUUACCGCUACCUGCCUGACAUGCAUACAUGCUCCAUUGAAAGUCUUUAUGGAAGGGCUACAUGGAUUAGGCUCUGUAUAAUUAAUUGUACCAUUUAUACAACUCAUAAUAAAAUAGAAUCUCCAGUGGUUCAAAGUA